AUGGCUCCCAGGAGAACAAGAAAUGUUAAUGAUGUCCAUGAGCAAGAUUUAGAACAACGUAUUAUGGGAAGGAUGGAGGAACGGUUGGAUCGAUUUGCUGGUGAUCUAAUGGAACGGAUAAAUGUUAUAAUGAAUCAGCCUAGGCGUCGCAAUCGUGAUCGUCCAGAAGAAGAAGAAGAAAAUCCGUUCGGUGGUGGUAGUGACCGUUCAUCUUCUGAUGAUGAACCAGAGCCAAAUCAACGGGGUAAUAACAACCGUUGGGAGUCUGGAAUAAGAACCAGUAUUCCUGAGUUUGGUGGUGACACUCUGAACCCAGAAAAUUUCAUUGAUUGGCUUGCUGUUGUUGAAGAAGUUUUCGAAUUUAAGGGGGUUCCAGAUGACAAGAAAGUCUCGUUGAUCACUACUAGGCUUUGUGGUAGGGCAUCUGCUUGGUGGCAACAAAUGAAACUUACAAGGGAGAGGGUUGGAAAGUCAAAAGUUAGAACCUGGGAGAAGAUGAAGAAGUGUAUGAGGGCCAAUUUUAUUCCUCAUAAUUAUCGACGUUUAAUGUACCAGCGGUUACAGAAUCUGAAACAGGGUUCCAAAUCUGUUGAAGAUUACACCACUGAAUUCUAUCAAUUAAUUGCAAGAAAUGAUAUUCAAGAGACUGAAGAACAACUUGUGUCUCGAUAUAUUGGCGGGUUGAGGGUCCAGAUUAUGGACUUUGUUAACAUGUUUGAUCCUGUAACUCUUUCUGAAGCACAUCAACGUGCUCUAGUAUAUGAGAAACAAAACCGACGGGUUGGUGGUUCAUCUUUUGGCGUAUCAGAAGGUAGUUCAGGUUCGGGUCCCUCGUCAUCUCGUUUUGUCCCUAAUCAAGCAAAACAAAGUGGUGGCAAUACUGCACCAGUUUCAAAAGGGGCUAGUACUAGUGGCUUAAAGUGUUUUAAUUGCGGUGAUUCUGGCCAUCGCCAGUCAGAAUGUAGGAAUCCCAAGAAAAAGAAUUUGUAUGUUGAACCAGAUGAUUGGGAAGAUGAUGGUGAUGAGGCUGAUGAAAACUACGAAGAAGCCCCAGUGUUUGAUGAUGGCGAUGAGUAUGAAGAAGUAGAGGUUGCUGGAGAUGUAGGAGUGAGAAGUUGUGAUAACUUGGUUUCCGAUGAGGCUGUCAAGAAGUUGUCCUUGAAAACAGAAAAUCACCCUAAGCCUUACAAGCUUCAGUGGCUUAAGAAAGGAGGCGAGGUAACAGUAUCUAAACGUUCUCUUGUUUCUUUUUCUAUUGGUAAACAAUAUAAGGAUGAUGUUUGGUGUGAUGUAGUUCCCAUGGAUGCAUGUCAUUUGUUGUUAGGUAGGCCUUGGGAAUAUGAUCGUAAUGUAGAACAUAAUGGGCAAAAAAAUACUUAUAGUUUUCUGUUUGAUAAUGUAAAGAUCACUUUGUUGCCUAGCAAGCUUAAGGUUGUAGCCAAUAAACCCACUGGCACCCUGUUAACUCUCUCUCAAUUUGAGCACGAAAGAACGCAAAUUAGAACAUGCGUUUUCAAUGAAACUUUUGGGUAA